AUGUCCGGCGACCUGGACCACCACACCCGGUCAGUCUCGAUACACCACGAGCAGCGACGUAUCGGGCAUAUUUGUGCCAUCCUCGUCCGCAACCUAUCGCUGCGGCCAACGCGAGACCGUGCUUUGCAAACACUCACUUCCCAAAGACCAGGAGGAUCCAACCGCUACCACACCACGUCGGACGAUGCCGAUCUAACGCUCAGUCUCGCGCGGUCCAACAGCAAAGGAAAGGCAAAGGCCGACAACUCUCGCCGCCGCCAGAGAAGCGCGAGCUGGAGCAGAAUCGCCAACGACGGAUCCUCCGACGAAGACCAGCAACAAGCUAUCGACGAGCUGGAAGCGACUCCUACCAAGUCGCCGAUUAACAGCAGCCGCAAAAACGCAAGAGGACGCUCUGCGCUCCUCGCCAACCACCGUCGCACCUCAGACCACGAGCUCACAACAUCCUCGUCGCUCGCAUCGAUUUCCGACGGCGCACACAGCAUCGAGGCAAGUCCGCGUCCCAUACUCAAGCGAGCGUCCAGCCAUCGCGAUGGCCGGGACGCACGCAUGCACCACCACGGCGGAGGCUCACCGUCAAGCACCGCCACCUCAAGCUUCCUCGACGAGUUUGGCGCCAACACGACCAUGCUCUCGCGAUCCGACUCCCGCAGCUCCUCGCAUUCGUCCCACACCAUCCGUAGACCCUCGCACAGAGCACGGACAACCAGCAUGACGUCGUCUACCAGCGUUCGCAGCGUCCGUUUCGACGAGAGUCACGUCGGUGCUAGCGACGAGGCCAGACGUCCAGCCCGUGUCUCGGGAAGGCUGAGUGCAGCGUCGCGCUAUGCUCUCUUCUCCCAAAAGAGUCUCGCGCAGAUCAUGAAGGAUCGCAUGCUCGAAUGCCAGGUCGAAUUGUCUCUCGCGUCGGAGAGCGACGAGGUGAUCAACGAUGCUGGACGCGUCUUCUAUCGAUCCUCCAACUCAAAGCCAGGCUUGAAUCACUCCUGGGGCUACCAAGGCGGCGAUCCAAUUACUCCGGAGCGCGAUUUUGCGAUACAGUCCGAAGCCUUCACAGAUGUUCAGCCACUGGAAGCCUCCGUGCUCAGCAUUAAGGUAUGGGCCAGAGCGCCACCACCGUCGUCGGACAAGGGCGAUACUGCAACGCAGCCCCCUGUGAAGGGUGGCAAAGGAGGCGACGACGGAGGCUGGAAGCUCGUUUGCCAGACACGCACCGAUCUACGUGACCUCGAGCCGUUGCCCGGAAACGCGCAGGAAGCAAGCAUGUCGCUUCCUCCCAACUCGAUCCUGCUCGGCCUUGCGCCUGGAGCCAACUCACUCUCGGGGCGCGUCAGUAUAUCUUCCUCUGAUCCGCACAGCGGUACGGAUACCGGGCUCUCCGGAGAGCCCAAACUCAAGCGGAAAGUAAGCGAGAGGGAGGCGGAGAGAACUCGGCAUGUUCUCGAAAGCAUCAUCUACUACACGGUGCCGCUCCAGUCCGUUCGGCAAGGAUCCGCAGACACGGUUGAAGCUCAAGCAAGCAGUCAACUGUCUCCGACAGACAAGCGGACUCCAAGAGAUGCAAAACCAAGCCGUCAGUCCGACGCGCGUCGCCGCCCUUCGCUUGAAGGUUACGCUUCCGACCCGGAGAACGCUCCGAGUCACAAAGCUGGCUCUGCCGUCGUAACAGAUCAGGCUGCAGCUCUUACUCAGUCAACAUCCAAUCCCACCGCCGUGCCGUCUGAAACAGUUGCUGCUGCAACAUCAGAAGCGAAGCGGCGAGAGCGGCGCAAGGCAUUCGAAGACGAGCAGCGCCGCGUACUCGAGCUCAGUCUACGCGAGACCAAGAUGAUGUCGAGCUACACGCUCGACGACGCCAAGCACCUUGCGAGGAAACAGAGCGAGCUGCGAAAUCUGCUUGCCGAGUUGGAAGAGCUGCGGCACGUCGAGGGAGACACGCUGCAAGACCAGGAAGGCUUUGUGCAGCUUCGGCUCAAGCGUGAGCAGCAGAAGGCGCGGUACGAAGCCGUUAGGCAACUGGCCAUAGAUGAAUCAGAUGAACUGCAGCGGAAAAGAGCAGAAUUGGCAGAGAGGAGGUCGAUGCUCGAGGCUCGUCAAGCAGCAAUACAGGCUAGCAAGUCGCUCUUCGACGCAGCAGAGACGUCGGCACGCCGGCAUCGGGAACAAGUCCAAGUGCUCAACGAGGCAAAUGCAGAGAUCGCCCUGCGGCUACACAUGCAGCAGGCGUCGUUGCUACGCGACCUCGAAACAAUCUUCCCUAUCGAGCUAUCGGAUGCAUCAUCGCUGUUGUUCUCCGUGUGCGGUCUGCCGCUGCCGAAUGCGGUCAGCUCGCUGACACCGGCCGAGCUAGCGAACGAAGAGAGGCGCUGGAAGGAUACCGUCAAACGGCAGCUGCCGGCAUCGACGCGGCCCGUCUUCCACCCGUUCGACGACGACACGGUCAGCAGCGCGUUGGGUCUCGUAGCUCAGCUCGUCGUCCUGCUCAGCACGUACCUCGCCACUCCGAUCCACUACCCUCUGGCCACAGCGGGCAGCCGUGCGGUCGUGCAGGAUGGUAUCUCGCUGAUGAGCGGUCCUCGUGCCUUUCCGUUGUACGCUAAAGGGAUGGAGCGGUACAGGUACGAAUACGCCGCCUUCUUGCUCAACAAGGACAUCGAGCAGCUGAUGAACGUACACUCGGUCACAGUGAUUGAUAUUCGACACACGCUGCCGAACUUGAAGAAUCUCAUGGUGACCGUCGCAGCUGCUCCACCGACGAGCCAGUUGACGCGCAAGAGUCAUAUUGGCAAAACCGAGAUUGCGUUGCGCUCUGCCCCGGUGCCGAUGGAAGCGGAUAUGGAGGCAGGCGCGAACGGGAAUAGGAAGGCUGGCAUGGGUAUUGGGCUUGGGCUACCAAGUCUGACUGGCGCUGCGAAUGCAAACGGAGCGAAUGGUGGGCAAGGUGCGGGUAAGAAGGAAGCUGGACCGGACGCGCUGGUCACCACGCGCGUGCUUGGUGCGCCUUCUACGGCGACUGCUACCCCUGCGACUGCCACCGGCGCCAUCGCUUCCGUGUCGAGAGCUUUGAGCUACUUCAGUGGUGGCAGUGCCCGGUAG